UGAUCCAGGUGCCACUGUCUGCUCCUCCUUCAGUCCAUGGAAUAUAAAGUGCAAACUGGGACAGAAAAGUAUUGCAAAAUGAAGCUGCUGUUUUUUCUGGUGGUUGUCAGACUUUGCUCUGGACAGUAUGAUCCGAAUGUUAAGCCUGGCAAAACUUCUAUUGUCCAUCUGUUUGAAUGGCGCUGGGAGGACAUUGCUGAAGAAUGUGAAAGAUAUUUGGGGCCCACUGGAGUUGGUGGUGUCCAGAUCUCUCCACCAAAUGAAAAUCUGGUGAUUACAAAACCCGGGAGACCAUGGUAUGAAAGAUAUCAGCCUAUCAGCUAUCAGCUUUGCACACGAUCUGGCAAUGAAGAGCAAUUCAUAGACAUGGUGAACAGGUGCAAUAAUGUCGGGGUUCACAUUUAUGUGGAUGCAGUUAUAAACCACAUGACAGGAUAUGGGGCUGGGUCUGGAAACAGUUCCACGUGUGGCAGCUACUUCAAUUCAGGAGCAAGAGACUUUCCAGCUGUCCCAUACUCAUUCCUGGAUUUUAAUGACAACAAAUGCAAAUCUCACAAUGGCAAUAUAGAAAAUUACAAUGACCCCUAUGAGGUCAGAGACUGUCAGCUCCUGGGCCUCCUGGAUCUUGCUUUACAAAAGGAUUAUGUUCGUGGAAAGAUCGCUGACUACAUGAAUUACCUGAUCAAUAUUGGGGUGGCUGGAUUUCGUCUUGAUGCUUCUAAGCACAUGUGGCCCGGAGAUAUCAAAGACAUUCUCAACAGGCUUGACGACCUAAAUACAACAUGGUUUUCUAAUGGCACUCGGCCUUUCAUUUAUCAAGAGGUGAUUGACCUGGGAGGAGAAGGCAUUUCAACAAGUGACUAUUUUUGGAAUGGUCGUGUUACAGAAUUCAAAUAUGGAGUCAAACUUGGGACAGUCAUUCGUAGAUGGAAUGGAGAAAAGAUGGCCUACCUCAGGAACUGGGGAGAAGGUUGGGGGUUUAUGCCCAAUGACAAAGCCUUGGUAUUUGUCGACAAUCAUGACAAUCAGAGAGGACACGGUGCUGGGGGAUCAUCUAUAAUUACGUUUUUUGACUCUUGUCUGUACAAAAUGGCAAUGGGCUUUAUGCUAGCUCAUCCUUAUGGCUUUCCACGCGUCAUGUCAAGUUAUCACUGGCCUCGACAUUUUGUAGAUGGAAAGGAUAUAAACAAUUGGAUGGGGCCUCCUAGCAAUCCUGAUGGAUCCACCCAACCUGUCACUAUUAAAGUUGAUACAACCUGCGGUAACAACUGGGUGUGUGAGCACAGAUGGCGCCAGAUAAAGAACAUGGUUAUAUUCCGGAAUGUGGUUGAUGGUCAGGCUUUCAUUAACUGGUGGGACAAUGGAAAUAACCAGAUUGCUUUUGGCCGUGGUGAUAAAGGGUUUAUAGUCUUCAAUAACGAUGACUGGAACAUGGAUGUCACACUGAAUACUGGCCUACCUCCUGGAACCUACUGUGAUGUAAUUUCAGGGCAGAAAGAAGACACAAUUUGCUCUGGCAAGGAGAUCACUGUGAACAAUGACAGAACUGCUCACUUCCAAAUCAGUAACACUGCAGAAGAUCCAUUUGUUGCAAUUCAUGUGAAUGCCAAGUUAUGAGUUGUACAUCAUUCUAACGAACAUUAAAUAUGCAUUUAAAUCUUUAAAUAAAGUGAUUAAACAGAAA